AUGAGAGAUUUGGUAGUUCUUGGAGGAUCUUCGCAUCCCUUACUUACGAAAGCAAUAUGCCGGAACUUGACAAUUGAACCAAGCAAACUAGAUUCGCAUAAAUUUGCCAAUGGAGAAACGUCAAUCAUUGUGAAGGAUAGUGUUCGUGAAAAGGAUGUCUUUAUUGUUCAAAGUGGAUGCGGCCACGUCAAUGAUACUUUUAUAGAAUUAUUAAUCACUAUUGCUGCUUGUAAAACAGCAAGUGCCAAGAGAGUCACUGCAGUGUUACCGUUGUUCCCAUACUCGAGACAACCUGAUGUGCCCUUCAUGCCGAAUAGCACGGGGGCUCCUAGUGUGUCAACAACAAAAGACAACUAUACUUUUGAGAGUGCUCCAAGUACUCCUAGACCAUUGUCCAAAGAUCGCAACAGAGGCUAUUUUAGUCAAGCCAACGAGGGAGCCACCAAAUCCGGGAACAAAGACACCAUCAGAGUCGACACGUUAAAACAGCCGCCACAACCACCAAAAUACACUCCCAAAUCAGUGAUUACCAAUUCCGCAGCGACUCAUUUCUUGCCCCAAAUUGAUGCCCAAGGUAAGACUGAUAGCGGUUACAAACAAUGGAUCUCGCCCAACGGAACAUUGAUAGCAAAUUUGCUCACGACUGCAGGUGCGGACAGAGUAAUAACCAUGGAUUUACAUGACCCUCAAUUCCAAGGCUUUUUCAACAUACCGGUUGAUAAUUUGCACUCGAGACCAUUGAUGAAACGUUACAUCAUUGAUUACAUCCCUAAUUACCGUGAAUGUGUGAUUGUGAGUCCAGAUUCAGGCGGGGCUAAGCGUGCUACAGCAAUAGCCGACUCUAUCGGAUGUACCUUUGCCCUUAUUCACAAGGAAAGGAGAGCCAAAUUACCCAAGGGACCGCCUCUGACCUCUUCAUCAAUGGGCACAAGUUUAUCAAGCUCCCAGACAAUACAAACUCACGCUCCUCAGUCUCCAUAUCAUCAAAAUACUCCGAAAAUGGUUGCAACAACAAUGUUAGUUGGUGAUGUUAAGGACAAGGUUUGUGUUUUGAUUGAUGAUUUGGUGGAUACUUCCUACACAAUCACAAGAGCAGCAAAGUUACUCAAAGAUGAAGGGGCCAAAUUUGUUUAUGCUUUAGUCACCCAUGGAAUAUUCAGUGGAGACGCUAUUAACAGAAUCAACAUGAGUCAAAUUGAUAAAGUUGUUACUACCAACUCCGUCCCACAGAGUGAGAAUGUUGCAAUAUUGAAGGACAAAAUUGAAGUUUUGGACGUGAGCAGAAUAUUUGCAGAAGCAAUUAGACGAAUUAAUAACGGGGAAAGUGUGAGCAUGUUGUUUGACCACGGUUGGUGA